AUGGCUUCAUCCUCGAGGAUUCUGGCCCGGCUUGCCGGUGCUCAGUUCACCCCCAAAGCUCAUGCGAAGCUGCCCGUGUCUGCAGCUUUCGCGAAAGUCGCCAAUAUCUCGACGACGUCACCCGCCCGGAGAGCACCCCUAGCUUCACCACCCACCCCCAGAGCACAACACAAGCACAACGAGAGCCAGAUCCUGUCCCGUACUCACUUCAGGAGGACAUAUGCCGACUCUGCUCCUGCCGCUCCCGUCAAGAAGCGCAAGAUCCGUGUAUUCAGAUGGAUCUGGCGCUUCACCUAUCUCUCCGUUCUCGGCAGCAUUGGAUAUGUCGCCUAUGAUGGCUACAAUGCGCGACACCCUGACGACCAAUUCGCCCCUGACCCUAGCAAGAAGACCUUGGUUGUUCUCGGUACCGGCUGGGGUUCCGUCGCCCUGCUGAAGAAACUUGAUACCGAAAACUACAAUGUCGUUGUCAUCUCGCCCCGUAACUACUUCCUGUUCACCCCUCUACUCCCGUCAUGCACCACCGGUCAAAUCGAGCACCGCUCCAUCAUGGAGCCCGUGCGGCAGAUUCUGCGUCACAAGAAGGCCGCCGUCAAGUACUACGAAGCUGAAGCUACUCACAUCGAUCACGCGCGCAAGAUUGUCAAGAUCACCGAUAACAGUGAGGUCAAGGGAACUAUCCACGAGACCGAGGUUCCUUACGACUUGCUGGUUAUUGGUGUUGGUGCUGAAAAUGCUACCUUUGGUAUCCCCGGUGUGCGCGAGCACAGUUGUUUCCUCAAGGAGAUCCGCGACGCCCAGACUAUCCGUACCAAGAUCAUGGACUGUGUUGAAACUGCUGCCUUCAAGAACCAGGACCCAGAGGAGAUCGACCGUCUUCUGCACAUGGUUGUCGUCGGUGGUGGCCCUACCGGUGUCGAAUUUGCUGGUGAAUUGCGUGACUUCUUCGAUCAGGAUAUCAAGCACUUGAUCCCCGACAUUGCCGAUCGUUUCAAGGUUACCCUGGUUGAGGCCCUGCCCAACGUUUUGCCAAUGUUCAGCAAGCAGCUCAUUGAUUACACUGAAAGCACGUUCAAGGAGGAGAAAAUCGACAUCAAGACCAAGACCAUGGUCAAGAAUGUUACUGACAAGUACAUCGAGGCUGCUUUUACUGGCCCUGACGGCAAGAAGGACACUCUCAAGAUCCCCUACGGUCUCCUUGUUUGGGCCACCGGCAACGCUUUGCGACCUAUCGUGAAGGACCUCAUGUCACAAAUCCCCGCCCAGAAGGACUCCAGACGUGGUUUGGCUGUGAACGAGUAUCUCGUCGUCCAAGGCUCCCGUGACAUCUGGGCCGUCGGAGAUUGUGCCGUUGCCGGAUAUGCCCCUACUGCUCAGGUCGCUGCUCAGGAGGGUGCCUUCCUUGCUCGUCUGUUCAAUAACAUGGCAAAGACUGAGGCCCUUGAGAGCGAGAUCCGCGAUCUGAGCUCUGGAUUGAACAUCAAGCCCGGCAACGCCGCCGAGGCCGCCCAGCAAAUCGAAGCUGCGGAGCGCAAGCUCCGUCGCGUUAAAGAUCUCCAACCUUUCCACUACUCUCACCAAGGUAGCUUGGCUUAUAUUGGUAGCGAGAGAGCUGUCGCUGAUGUAGCUUGGUUCAACGGCAAUGUCGCAGCUGGUGGAAAGUUAACCUAUUACUUUUGGCGAAGUGCCUACCUCAGCAUGUGCUUCAGCACUCGUAACCGAGUGCUUGUGUGCUUGGACUGGAUCAAGGCUAAGGUCUAUGGCCGGGAUGUAUCCCGUGAGUAA